UUAUCAUUCGCAGAUUCCUGCCAAUUGCGUGUGGAGGUUACUGUUGAAUCAAGACAUCUGAAUGUCCUUUUCAAGCUCCUAAACGGGUUUAAAAAGCAAGUCAUAGUCCGAGGGAUUUCUAUUGCUAUCAUGACAAGCGUAAAGCGAGUUGCCGUUGUGACUGGAGCCAAUAAAGGGAUUGGUCUGUCUAUCGUAAAGCAUCUUCUUAAUCGAUGUUUCCCGGGCGACGUGAUUCUCUGCUCACGAGAUGAAGAUCGUGGAAGACGGGCAGUAGAAGUAGUGGUCAAGGAGUGCGGCAAGACCCCAAUCUUUCACCAACUGGACAUCGAUGAUGCCAACUCUGUUAACAAGUUGCGGGAUUGGUUGAAGGUGGUAUACGGCGGAUUGGAUGUUCUCGUUAACAAUGCCGGUAUCGCGUAUAAGAACAAUUCGACCGCUCCCUUUGCCGAACAGGCUGAGGUAACGGUAAAAACGAACUAUUUUGGAACACUUCGGGUUUCCGAGACUCUAUUUCCGCUGCUACGACCUGGCGCACGAGUGGUCCAUCUUUCCUCGUCUUGUGGACACCUAAGCAAGAUUCCCAAUGCUGAGCUUCAGGCUCGUUUUUCUGCGCCAGAUCUGACCAUCGAGCAGCUGAGUGCACUGGCAAAUGAAUUCGUAAAGGCAGCUAAAAACGGCAAGAAUCAGGAGCUCGGAUGGGGCUCAUCUGCUUAUUGCGUGUCCAAGGUUCUCGUUUCAGCCCUGGCUCUGAUUCACCAUCGACAGUUUGAGGUUGACUCUAGGGAAGAUCUGAUUGUUAACUCUGUUCACCCGGGUUACGUGGACACGGACAUGUCAAGUCACAAGGGCCCACUGACGCCCGACCAGGGCGCUGAUGCUCCAGCCUACUUGGCGCUGCUGCCGCCUAAAGAUGCUAACAAUCCAAAGGGAAAAUACAUCUGGUAUGACCGUAAGAUCGUCCCUUGGGACUCGAAUUCCGUACCAGUGAUGUAAGCUCCCUAGCUGUUGAUAGAACAAUUCCCAACAGGUCACCUUUCACCAGUAUGCGAACUAACGGAUAGAUUUGAAGAUCAAAAAGCAGUAUUACUUGGUGAUGUUUAUAUGCAUUAUAUAGACUGAACGAUUCGUUCAUCUCUUGUCAGUAUGCUAAAACCCCCCUAAAAGUGAUUUCAUUUCAGUAUUUCUCGUUCCUACGCAUACUAUUUUUUUGGCUCAUUGCUGAAGAGGACGAACUACUGUUUAUUUUGACUACAAUACAGUUCGUGUUUUGCUUUUAAAUCUAAAGGUUGUCUAAUUUAGUUUACAAAGCAAUAUUAAUUCACCAUAAUUUGAUUAUGGUACUACACCAACAGUACACUAAAAGAGAUUUUGACUGAACGUUUUUUUUUUUAAAUUAAAUAAAAUCGUCUCUUUUAAUGGUUUCAUUCACCUUUAAGCGCGACCCCAUAGUAACCUAGAACUUCGUCACACGGCCUUGUUAAUCCCAACCAGCAUUAUUCAAUACACAUUUGUUUUGCUUAGGCAUAGAGGCCAGAUUAGCUGGAAAUUUUUUUUAUCUUAACUGGGUAUCAAACAGCGUAAUAAAAUAUUUUAACCGCGUCUCUAGUUUUAACUCGAGUUCUUUUUCCAUCAUCUCACUAAGCCAGCUUGAUUACGGCACCGAUUCUGUAGACAUGAGGGCAUAUAAAUUUCGACAUGCAUUACAGAGUGUGUGAUUUAAUAAAAGAAAAAAAGAAGUCAUUCAAAAUAGCGGCUCGAUAGUUAGACGUCGGUGUCAGUUAAUUUGCUAAAUUAAUAAACAUGCAGAGUAGUAAUAUAUAUGUAUAAACAUAUAAAUUGCUGGUGAAUCUAUAGGUUACUUGAGUUUCAGUGAGUUUACUAUUAAGAAUCCGUCAAUGUAUAGCUUGGAGUCUCAAUUAAUUAAUAUUUGGAGAAUAUAUAGUCUAUUGUGGCCCUUUUGUUGUGCCAUGUAUGAGAUACAAUUAAAUACCCUCAAAUUGAUUGGCUUACAAACAAUGGCGGUUCUACCGUUCUCCAGAAAAGGAAAAUCUGUAUAUCAAUAACCGCCAGUCUUAUCAGGACAGUGAAUUGGUGGGAACGUAUUUAAAAAAUAAGCCAACUGAUAUCUAUGGGUAUGUAUUAUUAGUGUCGUUACCAACAAUCGACCAUAAGCGAAAAAAAAUCUAAUCCAAACUUCGAAAUGAAAUUUCGUAAGCAUGAGUAAGCAUGGCCAGUUUAUACAAAGUUUACUAAUAGUAAACUUUUUUAUAGUUUACAAUAAUCAGAAAGUAGACUGUUAAUGAUUUUUUGCCGUUUGUAAAAAAAAAUACGUGAAAUGCCUAGAAGAUGAUAUUGCAGGUUAUGUAACAAUAGCACUGGUAAAAUGUGAUGCUAUACAAAUAAUGCCAUAAAUACUAAUAUGUAUAUGGUUUUUCUCUUAUUGUUCGCUAACUCAAUUUUGAAACGAAGUUCUUGCAAGAAAAAAUUGCUGGCUCUAAUUCUGAAGUAGAUUUUUACUCAGGGGUAAAGAACUACGUAUUAUACUAUCACAUUAGUAAUUGCCUAAAGCAGGACACCUUGUACAGAGACGAAUCUAGUAAUUGAUUGAUAGCACAGGAUCUCCCGGUCUCGUUGCCGAAUAGCUAAGUACAGUGGCAAACGAGUUCGUCAGAUCCGCCAAAACAGACAAGGAUAAGCAACUCGGCAGGCGAGUCGAAGGUUCUUGUGUUGACAUUGGGCUUAAUUUGCCUUAGAUUUAACGAUUGCAGAGACGAUGUAAGUGUCAAUCUGAUAAAUCCUGUAUACGUAUUUACAUUAAAAAAAAAGCCGACGCUCCGGGUUA